ACCGAAGAGCGUCGAAAUUUCCUCAAGAACUUUUCUUAUGAAAUAUCUUGGAUUUCAAACGUCUUUGCAAAUCCAACCAUGCAUAAAGCUAGCUGAACCUGAAAAUUGAGAAGAUCAGCACAACAUCUCUGUAUUAAUAUUCUUUCUUCUCCACACUACUUUGUCUGUUUUUAUUAGUUUCACAUAUAGGUGUUAAUCAUCAUCUAUUUAUUGUUGAUUGAUAUUGUAUAUCGAAGGUUUGGAACAAUAAAUUUUGUAUUUGCUUAAAUUUUUUCUUUUUGCCCAACCCCGGAGCUAAGCAUCACGAUUGUGGAGGACCUUUUGCUCCAAGGACUAGAUCGUGCACAUCAUUGUAUAGCAGAGGAAGGAAGUUUUUGCAAGUUUUGACUCGUUGAUUAGUUUGUAUGUUCUGUAAUAUGGCUGCUUCUUCUUCUUCUCCUCCUCCUGCGCAUGCCUUCAAGUAUGAUGUCUUUCUUAGUUUCAGAGGUGAGGACACCCGUAACACCUUUACCAGUCAUCUUUACGAGGCUUUAGUUGGGAAGAAAAUCAAAACCUACAUAGAUUUUGACCUUGUGAGAGGAGAGAAAAUUGCACCUGCCCUUCUCGAAGCAAUUGAGGAAUCAAAGCUUUCGGUUGUCAUUUUGUCACUAGACUAUGCUUCUUCUACUUGGUGCUUGGACGAACUUGUGCAGAUUUUGGAAUGCAAGGAAAGACAUGGGCAGAUUGUUAUACCCAUUUUUUACAGAAUAGAUCCUUCACAUGUACGCCACCAGAGGGAGAGUUAUGCAGCUGCAUUUGUUCGACAUGAAAAACGCUUCAAGGACAAGGUGCACAAGUGGAGGGAUGCUUUGACAAAAGCAUCCAAACUAGCUGGGUUUGAUUCACGCAAUAUCAGCCUUGAAUCCGAAUUAGUGAAGUUAGUUGUCAAAGAUAUUGUGACGAAGUUGAGCCGCGCAUGUUCAAGCAAUUUAAAGGGUCUGGUUGGAAUUGAAAGUCGCAUCCAGCAACUCGAGUCAUUGUUAUGCAUUGAUGUAGAAGAUGUUCGUGUUCGCACUGUUGGUAUUUGGGGCAUGGGUGGUAUAGGCAAGACCACCCUUGCUGAUGCUGUAUUCAACCGACUCUCAUCUCAAUUUGAAGCUUCAUGUUUUCUGUCAAAUGUUAGGGAAAAAUCAGAAAAACAUGGACCAUACAAUUUGCGAAAUGAACUUCUUUGCAAUUUAUUGAAGGAUGAAAGUCUAAGGAUCAGCACUCCAUCAAUAGCAUCAACUUUUAUCAAAGAGAGGCUCUCUCGUGCAAAGGUUCUCGUUGUUCUUGAUGAUGUAAAUGAUGUAACCCAAUUAGAAGUCUUGGUUGGUGAUCAGGUUCAAUUUGGACCAGGAAGUAGAAUCAUAAUAACAACUAGAGAUAUGCAUCAACUUAGAGAGAUGCAACACUUGCAGAAAGGAUCAGACCAUGUUGUUAUAACAUACAAGGCAGAGGAACUAGAUCAUGAUGAAGCACUUCAGCUCUUCCACUUGAAUGAUUCCAAAGAAAUCAGCUGCAGAGCUGAUCAUUCCGAAUUAGUAAGAAUGGUGGUACAUUAUGCUGCGGGAAUCCCCUUGGCCCUUAAAAUUUGGGGUUCCUUAUUUUGUCGAUGCAAGAGCACACAUGAACGGGCAACUUUCUUGGAAAAAUUGAAAAAAUUCCCUGAAAAGAAACUUCAAAAUGUGUAUAGGAUAAGUUAUGAUGCAUUAGGAGAAAAUGAGAGGGAGAUAUUUCUUUACAUAGCCUGUUUUCACAAAGGACAUGAAAUAUGCAGUGCAAUAGAACAAUUAAAUGCAUGUGGUUUAUUUGCGGAUAGUGGAAUCGAAGUUCUCGUUGAUAUGUCUCUCAUUUCAAUCCAAAACAACCGUUACCUGUGGAUGCAUGAUGUGAUACAAGAAAUGGGAUGGGCAAUUGAGUGUGAACAACAUCCUGCGAAGCCUGGAAAGCGCCGUAGGCUGUUUACCAUGGAGGACAUCUGUAAUGUGUUGAAAAAGAAUAAGGGAACAGAAAAAGUUCAAAGCAUAUCCCUAAACCUCUCUCAGAUUACAGAGCUUCACUUAACUCCUCAGGCCUUCCAAAAGAUGUACAAUCUAAAAUUUCUGAAGUUCUAUGGUGUAGAUCGCAGGGGAUACUACAACUAUCCUCGGAAGGACUUCAAUUUGCACUUUAAUCUUCAAGAUCUUGAAUAUCUUCCCAAUUCCCUUUUACAUCUCAGCUGGCCUGCAUACACUUUGAAAUAUUUGCCAUCAACAUUUUCUGCAGAGAAUCUUACUGAGCUUUCUAUGCCUGGUAGCCAACUCCAGAGACUCUGGAAUGAAGGCCAGAAGCCUAGGAACUUAAAACACGUCGAUCUCAGUCACUCCAAGCAGAUGGUUGAAGUUCCAGAUCUCUCUAUGAGCGUAAACAUUGAGAGCAUAGACCUUGAAGGCUGUGAAAGGCUGGUUGAAAUUCCUUCCUACUUUGAAAAUCUUCUCAAGCUUACUUGGUUGAAUGCGAGUUGUUGCACGAAUCUUAGUGUUCUCUCAGAUAUGCCCUGCAAUAUGGUUUCGUUGAACUUAGGUUGGACUGCAAUAGAGGACCUGCCUUCAUCAAUUUGGUCUCAAGAAAAACUUGUUGAAUUGAAUCUUAAUGGGUGCGAGGGGAUUAAGAAACUUCCAAACAGCAUUUGGAAGCUGUAUUCCCUCACAUCUCUUGUGUUGUCUAAGACAAGUAUAGAAGGAUUGCCCCCGUCAAUCGAGUGUCUCUCCGGAUUAGAAUGUCUUGACCUGAAUAGUUGCCGAAAGUUUGUCAGUCUCCCAACCAGCAUUUGCAAGUUGAAAUCGCUCAAGACCUUUUGUCUUAUUGGAUGCUCUAGCUUCGAAAACUUCCCUGAGAUCUUGGAGCCUAUGGAACUUCUGGAGAGUCUUAGUUUAGGAGGAACCAAAUUGAAAGAGCUGCCCUCUUUGAUUGAAAACGUAUGUUGCCCAAACAGCAUCUUGCCUCCUUCGUCGGUCAUUUUAUGGCCUUCGAUGAGUAUGCUAGACCUCAGCGACUUCAACCAUCAAUCAAGCAUCUCGGCUGAGGGGAUUAGUUCUAAUGGAUUGCAAGCGCCUUGAAUCUUUACCCAAGCUCCCAUAUCUUCUAGGAUUUGUAGAUGCAAGUGGCUGCAAGAGAUUGAAGACAGUGUCUGGGUUCACGACUGCACUCACAGAGGGUUCGGAUCAAAGAUAUCCUUUCGUGUUGCAUAUAUUUAAUAAUUCCGUAAGCUUGGAUGAGAAUGCGAGGAGGAACAUAUUGGAUGAUGCACAUCUUAGAAAUAUAGCAAUAGCUUAUUAUCCGAGAUUUAGCUACGAAGUCAGAUGUCAGGGAAUUGAAAUUCCAAAAUGGGUGGGCAAUCAAAUGGAGGGAUCUUCGAUAGAUAUCACGCUUCCUCUACAUUGGUCUGAAGAUCCAAACUUUUUGGGUUUAGCUUUCUGUCUUCUUGUUGACUUCCGUAACGCACCAAAUGCGACAUGUGAGGCUGAAUCCAUUUUCAAAACCGAAAAUGGUGAAAGCCAUACCUAUCACUUUAGCAAUAAUCAGAGCUAUAGUACCCGUUGUGAUGACGACAGCCCAGAUCACCUGGUGGUGGUGUGGUACGAUUCCCUUCAGAAGGUGAGGUCCACUCCUUAUACCGGUGCCACUCAAGCCUCUUUUCAUUUCCACUCCUUUCAGAAGGUGUGGACUAAGAUGAAGCUUCAUAGAGAGAAGCUCGAGGAUAGGGUGAAAAGGUGUGGGGUGGGGUUUGUGUAUGCUCAAGGCCAAGACUGAAAUGCUGUGAAGUGGCAAGUCAUGGAUGAUCAAUAUGUUGAAGCUUCCCCCAGGUGAGAAUUCAGUUACCUCUCUUGAAACCAUGUUUCGGAUACUGUCAUUAAAUUAGAGCAUCAAUAGUCUAGUUCUUUUGUUGUGGCUGGCCUGAUGACCAGAUUUCAUAAAACAAUUCUCUUAUAUGUGUAUCAUCACAUAAGGCGUUCCUUGGUUUUGCUACAAGCGAAGGCAUAUACGAG